AUGAUUGUUUCUGAUGUUGUGGUCAAGAAUAUGCCGUCUUCUGGUAUAUUGGUUACAGUAGUUAAAACUGAUGCUGUUGUUGAUAUAUCUGCUGUUGUGGUGAUUAUUUGUGUACUUGAUGUUGUGGUUAUGAAGAAUGUAAUGAUCCUGCAGCAGUAUGUGAAAGCUGCAAAAAGUAUAAUUAUAAGUGUCACAGAUAUCGCGAUGACUGCAACAAAUUGGGUAUUAGGUGGAUUACUUUCUUCACUGUCAACAGCGGUAGUGUUAUUCAUAGGAUAUUUUGACUUCUUCCAGAUAUGA